UCUUCUUCCCCAAAACCACUGUUCGUUUCUCUCUCUGUAACUUCACCAAAACCCUAGAGAGAGAAAGAGGAGAGAGAGAGAGAGAGAGGGAUUUCACAAUGCGGAGACUCACAUUCUUCAUCGCUGCAAUCUCGCUCAUCCCCUUGCUCUGCAACUCCUUCUCUCCCGAAAACCCUAUCGAUCGGCGAAUCCUCGUCCUUCUCGACGACUUCUCCAUCAAGUCCUCUCACUCCAUCUUCUUCCAAUCUCUCCAAUCGCGCGGCUUCGACCUCGAUUUCAAGCUCGCCGACAAUCCCAAGCUCGCCAUCCAACGCUAUGGCCAAUACUUGUAUGACGCUCUCAUUCUCUUCUCUCCCACCACCAAACGUUUCGGAGGGUCUUUGGAUUUUGCGGCUGUUCUAGAAUUUGUCGACUCUGGCCAUGACUUGAUCUUGGCAGCUGAUGUCUCUCCCUCUGAUUUGACUCGAAAUCUUGCCGCAGAAUUCGGGGUUGAUUUCGACGAGGAUCAAUCGGCUGUGGUGAUUGACCACACUAGCUAUGCGGCGUCAGAGACUGAAGGAGAUCAUACGCUGAUUGCCAGCGAUGAUUUUAUUGAGUCUGAUGUGAUUCUGGGGAAGACUAAGAUUGAGGCUCCAGUACUUUUCAGAGGAAUUGCGCAUUCACUAAAUGCUGCUAAUAGCUUGGUUUUAAAAGUUCUCUCUGCUUCUCCCUCUGCAUAUUCAUCGGAUCCAAGUUCCAAGCUGUCACAGCCUCCAUCACUUACUGGCUCUGCUAUCUCACUUGUUUCAGUUGUGCAAGCUAGAAACAAUGCUCGGAUACUGAUCUCAGGAUCUUUAGAUUUGUUUGGUAACCGACUUUUUGUAUCACCAGUGCAGAAGGCCGGGAGCUCACAUAAAUAUGAAAAAUCUGGCAACAAACAGUUUGCGACUGAACUUAGCAAAUGGAUAUUCCAUGAAAGGGGUCAUCUAAAGGCCAUCAACAUUAAACACAACAAAGUUGGAGAAACAGAUGAACCUGCAAUGUAUAGGAUCAAGGAUGACCUGGAUUUCUCCGUUGAGAUUUAUGAGUGGUCUGGAAAGAGCUGGGAACCAUAUGUUGCUAAUGAUGUACAGGUUCAAUUUUACAUGAUGAGCCCUUAUGUAUUGGAAACUUUAGCAACUGACCAAAAGGGAUUAUUCUCCACAUCAUUCAAGGUACCAGAUGUCUAUGGGGUAUUCCAGUUUAAGGUUGAAUAUCAGAAGCUUGGAUACACUACCUUAUCCCUUUCUAAACAGAUCCCUGUACGGCCUUUCAAACACAACGAAUAUGAACGAUUUAUAACCACUGCUUUUCCCUAUUACGGAGCUUCAUUUACUACGAUGGCUGGGUUCUUCAUCUUUAGCGUCAUCUUCUUAUACCAUAAGUAAACCCAUUUAAGUUAUUUGAGAGACAAGGAUAUCCUAGGUUAACUUGAGGUACUCUUACUUUAGGACAUGGAUACUGUGUGAAAGGUAGUUUGAGGCAUAGAUUGAAAUGUGUCGAAUUUUGUUUCACAGCUCGUUAUGUUACUUUUAUUUUCGCUCAUAAUUGGCUCUUUUUGCCAACAUAACUUGUGUCAAUUUUGGGCACGUCAAUGCAAAAUAUGUUACAGGAACUACAAAAGACAGCUGGGGUCAUCGGAUUCUAUUAGAUGAAUCUUUGCUUCGACUUAUUUUAGACAGAAUUGCCACACAGAUUUUGUGCGACAUAAAAACACAUCGAUGGUUGUUCCUUUGUGAUUGAUACUUUUUGACUGGAAAAAGAAGUGAAUUUGUAAUUCUCUGUUAUCCAUGUGUUUUUCGUGAUUGGAAUUGUCAUCAAAAUAUUCAACCUUUGGCUACCAUUAUGUUUAUUUAAUAUAUGCGA